AUGCCGCCCCUGUCAGACCGCAUCUAUUUCCCGUCCCUAGAGGACUGUCUCUCCGGAGACCCUCUCUCCGACUUCUCUGGUGAACGCCAGGUCAGCUCCGCCAUAAUCGACUUUUUCGAUGACGAGUAUGUCCACGGUCUGCUCAAGAAGCCGUCCAGUGUCUUUGCAUCGCCCUCGGAUGCCACACAGAAAGAUUUUGAAACAAAGACCGCUCCGAUCAAUGCUACCUUAGCCUCCACCGACGGCGUCGAUAUCAACCUUGUCAGGGAGGACGCCAAGUGGUUGGGCAAGGCGGCCCGCCUCAACCUCGUUGCUGCCCUUCGUAUCGUCGUUGUUGAUAUUCAGUCUCGCCCUUCGCGACACCUUACCGGACCGCUGUCUUCUCAAGAUGCCGCUAACCUGCAAGAGGCCGCUGGCCUGAGCAACGGGCAAGGGAGCUCCUUUCUUUCCGAGCUGGGGGCCGCCGCCGCCGCCGAUGCCGACGAGAUCUGGACUGAAUUCGAGAAGCCCGAGACGAGAAGGCGACGCCUGUUCAACACCUACCUUGAAGAACGCCGUUAUUUUGCCAUGUCGGCCGAUUACGCGCACUCGAUCAAGCUCUAUAACCGCCUCCCUAUAACGGCACCGGUCGAGCACAAUUUGAACCAGCUGUACCGCCUGACCAUGCCUGAGCAAGCCAAGGAUGAAAUUGAAGUCCUGCUUCCUGCAUACAUGAGCGUCGUGGGCGAACGCAUGGACGGUCUGGGCCGCGGCCUGAGUGAACUGACAGACGAUGCCUUGAUACUCCUGGAGGACCUGGAGCUGUCCUAUUUCAGAACCCAGCUUACCGAGUCCAUCCACGCCAUGUCUGUUGUUCUUCAGCUUGCUGACAACCUUCAGAACGAGUUUGCUCCCGCAUCUGCCAUCGGUUCGUGGUUCUCCAUCAUGGACCGACACGCUUUUCUUUCUCAGCUCCAGCCGAUUCAUGAGAGUAUCGCUGAACUAUGCGUUCCGGCCAAGACCCUGGCCGCUGUCGUGUCCGUCGCCCUCCUCAAGCCAAACUUGUGUAUGAAGUACUUCCAGGACCGCGAGGAAGACCCAGCUCUGGCCGACAACUCCCACGAUUCAUACUUGCUCGCGCCUGAUGUUCUGGAACAGGUCCAUUCUACUAUAAUCGGCGCCUCCGAGGCCAACAUCGAGACUGCCACCCCCGUUUGCUUCACCUGGUCGGUCAUUCUGGGAGAGAUGAACCGGUCAUACCACUCCCGCUCGGAGAAACGCGACAACCUUUUGCUACAGAGCUCCAGGGAGCGUUUUGAGUCAGGAGCCGUGAUCCGACCCUCGACUGGACGACGCAAUUCGGCUGGUAGCAUCUACUCGAUCGAAUCGUCCAGGUUCGACAAUUUCCUCGAGGCCACCUCGACCUCUCGAGACUUCCAGACCGCCGAGAGGAUGGCUAGGUCUGUUUCCGAUGGCGGGUACGUCUACAACGUAAUGUCUGCCAUGGCUUCAGCCAUGGGGUCGACCCCCGAGGGAAGCAUGACGCCGCUGCUGAGCUCUCGUGUGCGCGCCUGGCUGGUGGAGGUCAUCCGUACUGCGGACCCCCUGGUUGGCUACCAGGAAGCCACUGUGGGAACGCUGCUCACCCUUCUCUCGACUGACCGGGAAUACUGGGAUAUCGAGAAGGGCCGUGGCUUGGAGGCGACGCACGACGUGAUUGCAUCCAUGGUGCAGGAUGACUGGCUGCAGCAGAGCUUCCUACGCACAGCCCUCGACCGUUACCCUGAAGAGUUUCUGCCCUUCAUUGCCAUGUGUCGUAUUCUGUCUAGCACGUUGAGCCUGGAAGGCGACAGCGCCGACCAGAUCCUCGCGCUUCUGAGGCAGACCCCGACCCUGACCUUCAAUCUUCCCCUAUCUACCAGGACCGAGGAUGUGACUGAAGAGGAAAAUAUCAAUUACUACCAUCUCCUUGACGAGCUGCAGCUAGUUGCCCUCACCUCGUCUCGUGGACGGCGCCAUGUCGACCACGACGACUUGCGUAUACCGGCGGGGACCUUCGGACGCUACCUCAUCCAGGACGGCCAGUUCUCGCAGCUCGAAUUCACACAUUCGACGUUGUCGCUGCUCGGACGACGACUCGAGAUCAACCUUGCCCCUGACACAUAUGCCUGCCUGUUCGGAGACUUUACACCCGACGUGACGGCCGAGGUCAUCCUCCUCUUUGCUACCCUGAUUCGUGUGGACUGUCUGAAGACUGCUCAGGCCAACCCGGAUGCUUCCUCCAUAAUUCACCUGGGCAGCGACAUCAUCCAGGAGGCGAGCAAGUACAUGGCUGCCGGCAGGGACCUCGUCAGUGUCAUUUGCGACACGAUGGAUCAUUUCCUGCAGGACGACCUUGCCACGACGGAUGAGUCGGCCGUGAGCGUCCUGACGUCUUGCACCCAGUUCUUCCACUCUAUCCUGCCUCUGUGCCCGGGCCGAGUCUGGUCUUACCUGGCACGCAGUGAGCUGCUCAAUUCCGAGUCGAGAGCUGGCAAGCUGGCGAGGAUUACCGGAACGUUGGAUCUGGUCGCGAACCGGUACGAGUUCUUGAACUCAUCCGCCCAACUCUUCCUAGAUCUCAUCGAUACCGUCGUGUCGUCGGCAGCCCAGCGCCGUCUAGGUAGCAAGGCGGCGGGGAGACAGCGGGCAGACGUGGCUCCUUGGCUAGGCAUCUCCGAAAGGGUCCUGUCCAAGGUCAGCCACUCAAUUGCCCAGUCGGCCAUUGACAUAUUCGAGAACACAUCGACGUGGAGGUUCGAGUCGGAGACGAAGCGGAUCGUGCUUCUGCACAAUGUGGUUCCGAUCCUGGACAAGAUCGUAUCUGACUGCUACAGCAUGGGCGAUGUCCAGUCAUCGUCGGGUUUGACCUCUACGCUCCAGCCUGCGGCGUCCUACGUGGUCGACUGCUUCCUGGAGCCAUCUUCCGGGACGCUUAGGUUCCAGCCCAUCCUGGCCUCUUUCACGGCAGCUUGUAUGUCGAGCGACUCGACGCUCUACGCCGCCAGAUAUGAGAUUCUGUACGGACAGGUGAGAUCGGUACUGGACUUCUGCACGACCCUGCUGCGUGUGUCAGACUUGCUCGACAGGUCGUCGAGCAUGAUUGAAAGCUACCUGUUCAAGAGCUCCACCCUUCUGGCCAGACUGUGCGCCGUCUCUUCGCACUUCCGGGUCCCUGCCAUGAAGCUGCUGGAGGCUCUCGUCAUCAAUGCCGGCAAGUCAAAGAAUGAGCCGCCCUCGCUGCUGGGUUACCUAGGCCCGCCGACGUCGAGGUCGUUCCUGCAGCUGCUCUCGACGCUCGGAAAACCGUACAGCCUCGCUACCGACACGCGCGCGACGUGGAAGUUCUUCUCCUCCAUUCUCCGCAACAGGCAGCAAUGGAUGUCAAAUUGCCUACUGACUGGACAGACACCUCGAGAAGCGAUGAAGAGGGACAACAAGAAGAAGGAGGCUGCUCCCAACUCGGUCUUUGCCGCCGCCUUGAGGAAGCUGUCCCAGCUACAGGACCUGGAACCGGCCCACGCCAUGGUGGUUCUAGACUUCGUCGCCUCAGCACAGAACUACUGGCCCUGGACCGUCUUCACGCUUCAGAAGGACACAUCCUACCUGGAAGGUCUCCAGGCCUACGUGCGCGAGCUGAAGCCGUCGCACGUCACGGUCAAGUCAAAUGCCACCAAGGCUGCCGUGGAGGCCCGCAUAGCGGCCUACAUUGGCGAGAUCAUAGCCAUGCAGCUGUACCACUCGCGGCACCUGGGCAACGCCGAUGCCCUGGCCAAGAAGCUGAUGUCGGACCUGGACUACUACCUCCGGGACGGCGUCGAGGUUGCCGGCUACAACAAGUCGCUUCACAACAACUUUGCGAGGAACUUUGCCAACAAGUACGGCGGAUGCUCGCUGGACGACUUCCAGCGGACCAUGCUGGAGCCGCGAGAGCUCGGCACCGAAUUCUACUACGACCUGGGCCGAGCAACCAAGAUGCUGAUCUUCGACCCAGGGUGGUUGGGGCGCAAGCAGAACGGAUUCAGGAUGGAGAUGGAGCUGGCCAACGCCAACCUGUCGCUGGUCGAUGCUCAGAUCGCACUAUUCCACGCGUGGGAGUUCCUCCUCUUGGAGCUGAGCAUCUGCCUCCCCACCAAUGAGACGAUUGCCAGGCAGAUGCUGCAGGUUGCACAGCAGUGCCUGAACGCCAACCAAGGCGUGCCGGGACCUGAGAGCAUCUUCCUCAAGGUGGUGGAUGCGCGGGCCAGCCUGGCGCUGGUGCUGAUCCAGCGGCUGGCGACGUCCUCGCUCCCGAUCAAGGACAUCAACCACCUGCUGACGACUGUGGUGGUGACGGUGUCCAGCGUCGACGACCCGUUCCUCCCCGAGACGAUCUCGUACUACCGCAAGCUGCUCAAGUCGCUGUUUGUGGUGCUGCGGGCCUACCAGGUGAAUGCCGACAAGGGGGGUGGCUCGGAAGAUUCUGCGGGCACGUCUGCAUCGUCGGUCACGGUUACGCAGACGGUGCUCAACGUGCUGGACCGCGUCGUCGGGCGCGGAUUCCGGACGCUGGUGAGCCUGAUCCACGACGACCAGAGCAGCGUGUGCCCCGAGGAUCUGGCGCUCCUGACGGCCAUCCUCCAGGCGUGCCUCAGCCUCCCCGGGAUGGAGCAGUCGCAGACGCAGGUGCUGAACAUCAUGUCGACGCACAGCUGCUUCUACGCGGCGACGUCGCUGUUCUCGUGGGCGGACAAGCUGGCGGACCAGGGCGACCCGGUGUACGGGGAGCUGAGCAUGCUGUACCUCCUGGAGCUCUCGACGCUGCCGAUGCUGGCGGAGCAGAUGGCGUGCGACGGGAUCCUGAGCGUCCUGCUGACGUCCAACCUGACCAAGUACAUGCUCAAGGCGCGGAUCUCGCCGUACGCCGAGGCGGCCACGUCGCAGCGGUGCUACAGCAUCUGGGUCAAGGGUCUCCUGCCGCUGAUGCUGAACCUUCUGACGGCGCUGGGGGCGACGGUGGCGCCCGAGAUCGCGUACGUGCUGAACCAGUUCCCGCAGCUGCUGAGGCUGAGCAUCGAGAGGUUCGAAGUGCCCGGGGCCAGCCGCACGCAGUCGAAGGCGACGGCGCAGUACGUAACUCUGCUGGGGACGUCGGAGAUACACUCGCUGGCGCUGCUGACGCGGGUGCUGGGGGCGCUGCGGGUCAACAACGGCGACAUCGGCGAGGUGGAGUGGGACGCCACGGGUCUGCUGGAGAAUGUCGAGUUCUGGCUGGCGAGCAACAAGCUUCUGAAGGAGAGGCUGAUGCCACUGGGUCAGCGGGAGAUGGACUGGAGGGCGACCAAGGUCAAGGGAAGGGGAGACAAUGUGUUGGAGCAGAAGGUGAUUUCACAGCUGGAGGCUGUGCGUACGGUACUGAGUGAAGAUGUGGAGUAG